AUGCAUCGGUUUGCAGUGCUUACCAAGCAAACUGCGGCAAGCCCGGUAUGUAAAGGGCCAGGGUCCUGCAGGAAUGGAAGGAGAAACGUGGCUUUGCGAUGCAUUGCCUCGCUGGUGGAGGGGAAACAGCACCAGCAGCGCUUUACCCAGCGUACUCGCCCGGGGAGAGAAGGACUCGUGCGUUGGAACAGCGCUGCUAAGGCCUCUGCAGUGAAAAUCAACGAGAAGACGAGCAGGGAGAAAAUCCUGACGCUGGAGUCCAUGAACCCCCAGGUGAAAGCGGUGGAAUACGCCGUGAGGGGCCCCAUUGUCCUGAAAGCUGGCGAGAUCGAGAAGGAGCUGCGAAAGGGAAUCAAAAAGCCUUUUACUGAGGUCAUUAAGGCCAACAUUGGUGAUGCACAUGCAAUGGGACAGCAGCCCAUCACUUUCCUUCGUCAGGUGGUUGCACUUUGUACAUACCCAAACCUGUUGGACAGCCCAAGCUUCCCAGAAGACUCUAAGAAGAGAGCCAGACGGAUCUUGCAGGGGUGUGGAGGGAAUAGCUUAGGGUCUUACAGUGCCAGUCAAGGUGUAAAUUGCAUCCGUGAAGAUGUUGCAGCAUACAUUGAAAGACGAGAUGGAGGAGUUCCUGCAGAUCCAGAUAACAUAUACCUUACCACAGGGGCUAGUGAUGGAAUUGCUACUAUUCUAAAGAUCCUGGUCUCAGGAGGAGGGAAAUCCCGAACUGGAGUGAUGAUCCCAAUCCCACAAUACCCCUUGUAUUCAGCAGCCAUAUCUGAACUAGAUGCCAUCCAGGUGAACUACUACCUGGAUGAAGAGAAUUGCUGGGCACUAGAUGUGAAUGAACUUCGUCGUUCCUUGAAUGAAGCCAAAGCAUACUGUAAUCCAAAGGUCCUUUGCAUCAUCAACCCAGGAAAUCCCACUGGUCAGGUUCAAAGUAGAAAGUGCAUUGAAGAUGUUAUACAUUUUGCUUGGGAGGAGCAACUCUUUCUUCUGGCUGAUGAGGUUUAUCAAGAUAACAUUUACUCAGAAGAAUGUCAGUUUCAUUCCUUCAAAAAGGUUCUGUAUGAGAUGGGACCAGAGUACUACAGCAAUGUAGAGCUAGCAUCCUUCCAUUCCACCUCCAAGGGAUACAUGGGCGAGUGCGGUUACCGAGGGGGUUAUAUGGAGGUCAUUAACUUGCAUCCAGAGAUAAAAGGACAGCUUGUUAAACUUCUCUCUGUUCGCCUCUGUCCUCCAGUCUCUGGACAGGCAGCUAUGGAUAUCGUAGUGAAUCCUCCAGUACCUGGGGAAGAAUCUUAUGCACAGUUCAUUAAGGAAAAGGAGUCUGUUUUGAACAAUCUUGCCCAAAAAGCCAAGCUAACAGAAGACAUGUUUAAUAAAGUGCCAGGAAUUCACUGCAAUCCACUUCAAGGAGCUAUGUAUGCCUUCCCAAGGAUAUUUAUCCCUUCCAAAGGCAUUGAGGCAGCAAAGGCUCAUAAAAUGGCCCCUGACUUGUUCUACUGUAUGAAACUUUUGGAAGAAACUGGAAUCUGUGUUGUACCUGGCAGUGGAUUUGGCCAAAGAGAAGGAAGUUACCACUUCAGAAUGACCAUUCUCCCUCCAGUAGAGAAGCUGAAGAUUGUGCUGGAGAAAGUGAAAGACUUCCACAUACAGUUUCUUGAAGAAUAUGCGUGAAAGAGAUGCAGACUCUCUUUUCUCCCCCCCGAAAGAAAAUGCAGAACAUGAACAAUAUGUGCUGAGAAUGGGCUGUUCAUCUAGUUAACUGCAUUUACAAUAGAUAGAGCCCAUAUGUGGCUAAAACUUACACUUCUUCCUGAACAAUUAAACCUAAUGUCUGGUGUGGGAGAUAUUGCUAUACAGAGGUGGGUGGGAGGGGGAACAUGAAGAGGGAAGGU